AUGUCUUCGAAAGUGGGCGUGGCUGCAAGUGCCACCGCUCAGUCUGCUGAGGUUAAAGUCUUCGAAUGCCUUUGCAGCGAGUACGAUUGCUCAGCUUCUUUUUCGGUGAUUUCCAAACGAACAAAUUUGUUCCCGUCUGAAUUUAAGGACGUAGAAGCUUGGUUUCGAAGCAAGAAAGGGAGCUUUCUGAUUACAGAAGAUGAUCACGGAAAGAUAACCCAAGUGAACGCUUUCUCUACAAAAGCACGUUUAUGUCUCAGUUACAAUAACUCUUAUUAUGGGGAGUGCAAUAGAGAGAACUGUUCGUACUUGCACGUCUGUAGAGAGUACAUAACCGAUUCCUGUAACAACGGAGCGACGUGCCCGCGGAAUCAUCACUUCCACGAUGAAAGAGAAAGAGCUCUGUUGUCGACGAUUAAGCUUGAUAAGUUGACAGAUGAGCAACUCAGGAAGCUAGUGCUUUCAUCUACUCCCCAAAUCUGUGUAGAGUACAACAACGGUUAG